CCCGGCGGUGGCGCGGGAGGGGGUGGCCGAGCCGGCGCCUUAUAAAGCUGAGCCCGCGAGGCGCGGGGAGCUGCAGCCGCGCGUCCCUAGUGUCACCCCCAUCCCCAUCCCGCCGGCCACCGCCCCCUUGGACCUGAUCACCUCGCCGUCGGGACCCCCCCACCCCCCACCCCCACUGGGGUGGGUAAGCGACAGUUUGAGUGCGGAGCCAAAGGGACCGAACACCUGAUUUUUGCGGCGGUGUCGCGGGGCAUGAGGCGAGGGGCGCGAUGUCGGUGCCGCUGCUGAAGAUCGGGGCGGUGCUGAGCACCAUGGCUAUGGUCACUAACUGGAUGUCGCAGACGCUGCCCUCGCUCGUGGGACUCAACAGCACCGUGUCCCGCGCGGGCUCCUCGGAGAAAAUCACUCUCUUCCAGAGCCCGGAAGAGGGCUGGCAGCUUUAUACCUCAGCCCAGGCGCCGGAUGGCAAAUGCAUCUGCACAGCUGUGAUCCCUGCACAGAGCACCUGUGCCCGAGAUGGGCGGAGCAGAGAGCUUCGGCAGCUCAUGGAGAAGGUCCAGAAUGUGUCCCAGUCCAUGGAGGUCCUUGAGCUCAGGACGUAUCGGGAUCUCCAGUAUGUUCGCAGCAUGGAGACUCUCAUGCGGAGCCUGGAUGCCAGGCUCAGGGCAGCCGAUGGGUCAGUCUCAGCCAAAAGCUUCCAGGAACUGAAGGACAGGAUGACAGAGCUGCUGCCCCUGAGCUCGGUGCUGGAGCAGUACAAGGCAGACACACGGACCAUUGUGCGCCUACGGGAGGAGGUGAGAAAUCUCUCCAGCAACCUGGCUGCCAUUCAAGAGGAAAUGGGUGCCUAUGGGUACGAAGACCUGCAGCAGCGUGUGAUGGCCCUGGAGGCCCGACUCCAUGCCUGUGCUCAGAAGCUGGGCUGUGGGAAGCUGACAGGAGUCAGUAACCCCAUUACCAUUCGGGCCAUGGGGUCCCGAUUCGGCUCCUGGAUGACUGACACAAUGGCCCCCAGUGCAGACAGCCGGGUCUGGUACAUGGAUGGUUAUUACAAAGGCCGCCGAGUGCUGGAGUUUCGUACUCUGGGAGACUUCAUCAAAGGCCAGAACUUCAUCCAGCAUCUGCUGCCUCAGCCGUGGGCAGGUACGGGCCAUGUGGUGUACAACGGCUCUCUGUUCUACAACAAGUACCAGAGCAAUGUGGUGGUCAAGUACCACUUCCGGUCGCGCUCGGUGCUGGUGCAGAGGAGCCUCCCUGGGGCUGGUUACAACAACACCUUUCCGUAUUCCUGGGGCGGCUUCUCGGACAUGGACUUCAUGGUAGACGAGAGCGGGCUGUGGGCAGUGUACACCACCAACCAGAACGCGGGCAACAUCGUGGUCAGCCGGCUGGACCCUCACAGCCUGGAGGUCGUGAGGUCCUGGGACACCGGGUACCCUAAGCGCAGUGCCGGUGAGGCCUUCAUGAUCUGCGGCGUCCUCUAUGUAACCAACUCUCACUUGGCCGGAGCCAAGGUCUACUUUGCCUACUUCACCAACACGUCCAGCUACGAGUACACGGAUGUGCCCUUUCACAACCAGUACUCACAUAUCUCCAUGCUGGAUUACAACCCCAGGGAGCGGGCCCUGUACACCUGGAACAACGGGCACCAGGUGCUCUACAACGUCACCCUCUUCCAUGUCAUCAGCACUGCCGGGGACCCCUAGGUGCCCUGCAAGGGCUGUGGGGGGCCUUCCCACACUGCCUGUGACCCCCUCGGCCUCCUCUCCCCACGUUCCCAGCCCAGCUUUCUGUUCUCUGUAUCUCUAGCCAUGCAUUUUCCUCCGUUUUGUUGAUCCCUGCUUUUGAUACUCUACUUCUGUCUCUCUGCCUUUUUAUGGAUACUUCUCUUCCUUAUUGAUCGCAUCUCUCUCCUUUCCCUCUAUCCAGUCUCCCUCCUCUUCCCUACUCUCCCAGUUGCCCACAUUCCUUAUCCCUCACUCUUACCCUAUCCCUGGAUCUGAGUGCAUGGAUUUUUUUUUUUUAACAAAAGAAUUUAUUAUUUACACAUUUUCUUUCGUGUUGCCAGAAUAAACGGGACCUUUAACAUUUGAUGUCUGGGCUGUU